AUGGUUUGUCGGCAACAGAAAAACAUUGCUCUUCGUGUUGUGCAUUUCACCAAUCGUGGAAUUCGUAUCUGCUGUUUGGCGCCUCGGACAGAGAAUUGCAGGUAUGUCAACGUGCUGGUGCCGACCUUGCCCAUGACUACCUUGCAGACUGAGCUUACGUGGCUGCUUGAGGACAGCGUAGUGGCACUUGACAAGUUUCAUGGUGAUCCCAUAGCACCAUUGGAUGAAACACAGUGGAGAUCAGCAAGACAACAAGAACUGCAUGCCACCCACCAAGCAGGCAGUUUGACUGGACAGGGCAGUGUUAAUGAGCAAGGAAAGGUGCUCAUGCGUUUGAACAUGGAAGAUCUCAACGAUUUGUGGCGCAAACGGGUUAAGGAACGUGUACCCAUUCAGUACAUAACACACACAGCACAUUGGCGUGAUCUUGUCUUGGCCGUGGGACCAGGGGUCCUUGUGCCUAGACCAGAGACGGAGUUGAUCAUCGACUUUGUGGCCGACGUCCUAGAUGCCCAUCCUGGCCUUCGUCAUUGCCCAUGGGCUGAUCUUGGGACAGGCUCUGGAGCCCUGGCCAUAGGACUGGCCAAGUUGCUGUGCAGACCAUCCAGUGUGUGGGCAGUAGACCUGAGUCCCAUCGCAGUGAGGUACGCCAAGUUCAACGUUGCCAGGUGUGAUGCGGCAAGUGCUGUUCAUGUCAUGGAGGGUAGUUGGUUCAAGCCCCUUGCCAACUUCAGGGGCAAACUUGGUGGUGUGGUGUGCAACCCUCCCUACAUUCCAAGUGGUGUUCUGGGGGGGCUCCAAGCAGAAGUGCGCCAGCAUGAGCCCCAACUGGCUUUGGAUGGUGGAGCAGAGGAAGGGAAGGGCAGACUUCAG